UUAUUCGUGUCGCGUUGUGUUGAAAUUGUGUUAAAGUUGUGUUGUUUUGUGUUCCCUACUGCUGCUGUCAGUUAGUCCUUCUCGUUUGCUUCUUGCUCCAGUGCAUAUUUAUAGUCAGUGGACGCUUUGACAGCAAAGCGCAAGAGACGGCUUGUCUUUGCCAGGGCCUGCACCUGCAUGCCGAGCUAUAAUCGGGACGGGCCUUCGGCCUCCUCGUCCUCAGCAAACAGUUAUAUGCAGCUCAUUUGUGUUUGACAGAUCAUUACAUCACCUUUAUCAACAACUACACAACAACUACAUCAACAACUAAGAAACAAUGAAGUCAACGACUACGGAACAACUACAUGACAGUACCCCAUCCACCCCAGUCCACCCUUGCAUGUGAGUGGGUGCCCCCCCCCCCCCCCCCCCCUCCCAAAGAAGUGAGUCAUGACGGACCCCAGGGACAUCGACGAGGACGCUAUCCUCAAGGGUCUGAGUGCCGAGGAACUGGACCAGCUGGAGUAUGAAUUGGCAGAGAUGGACCCCGAGAAUGCCUUGCUGCCAGCUGGCUUGCGGCAGCGUGACCAGACAAAGAAAAACCCGACGGGACCGUUCGACCGCGAUGCUCUGAUGCAGCACCUGGAGAAGGAGGCCAUGGAGCACCCGGACCGGGAGGAGCUGGUGCCUUUCACGGGGGAGAAGAAAGGAAAAGCCUUUGUGGCCAAAAAGGCAGACGAGAUUCCCCAGCACGAGCAGGUCCUCCUAGAACCCGAGCUGGAGGAGGCGCUCAAGAACGCCACCGACGCCGAAAUGUGUGACAUCGCAGCCAUCCUGGGCAUGUAUACGCUGAUGAGCAACAAGCAGUACUACGACGCUCUGGGCACCACCGGAACCAUCGCCAACACAGAGGGCAUCAACAGCGUGGUGAAAGGAGACCCUUUCAAGAUCUUCCCCGACGAGCCGCCCAACACCACCAACGUGGAGGAGACCCUGGAGAGGAUCCACAACAACGACAGCAGCCUGACUGAAGUCAACUUUAACAACAUCAAGGACAUUCCCAUCCCGACACUGAAGGAGAUCUUCGAGGCUAUGAAGGGAAACUCUCACAUGGAGGUUCUGAGCAUCGCCGCCACCCGUAGCAACGACCCCGUGGCCUACGCGUGUGCGGAGAUGCUGCAGGAGAACACCACCCUGCAAAGUCUUAACAUCGAGUCCAACUUCAUCACCUCCGACGGGAUGAUGGCCGUCAUCAAGGCCAUGGCCAACAACGCCACGCUGGUGGAGCUCAAGAUCGACAACCAGCGACAGAAGCUUGGCGACUCGGUGGAGAUGGAGAUCGCCGCCAUGCUGGAGAACAACUCCAGCAUGCUCAAGUUCGGCUAUCACUUCACGCAGCAGGGCCCGCGGGCUCGCGCUGCUAUGGCCAUCACGCGAAACAACGACAUGCUUCGGCAACAGAGGCUGAGAUGAAGAUGAAGAGUAGAAGAACUCGUCACUUGUCACGCAGAGCAUCUUUUUUCUUCUUUUUUUUUUAGGACAUGUGACAUGAUGAUUCAUCUCAUUUG